UGACAUUGCCGGAUGGCUAUAGUAGGUUCGAGUUGGCGUAUAGACGACACGACGAGACGCGUCUCACCCACCUUGUCCCCUAACAUCAUCAAAUGGCGGCUAUCGACAUCAAAUCUCAGCAAACACUACAAGCUUAAAUCCGCAUGUGUCGGCAUUUAUCUAGUGGGAAAGAUCUCUUUCUUUUUAACUUUUAUGACUUCCAAUCCAAAUCAUACACCAAACCGCCCGCUGCCGUGGUACCAUGGCCCCAAGUUGGCGCCGUUCCAGUUCCGGGACACAGCAAACGCGCAUAUAGAGAUUUAUGAGCGACUGGGUAGCGGAUUGCAUUCUACGGUGUAUCGAGCCCAAAUAGAAGGCAAAAUGUACGCAUUGAAAAUUUUUUGCUUCUGGCGCAUACGUGAGCUCGUGGACCCCACGCUUCUGACGGAGCGACCGGCCAAUGUUCAGGAUCUCAUUUACGAAAGCCACCCGUUUUAUGCGGAAUGUCGCGCAUAUGGUCGUCUGAAGGAAACUGGGAAUGAGGGCUUGGCUCUGCCUUGCCACGGAUACGUCGUCAUACCCAAGGCGCAGGAAGAGGAGCUCGAUCCAUACGGCACCGUGUUCCAUCGGCGUGAAACUAAUAAGCACGACCCAUUGUACGCUAUUGUGAAGGAUCUGCUACCGAUUGAUUCACCGCCGUUCUCAUUUCGUGAUAUACCUGCUAUGCGCCGAAACGUGUUGAAGAUCAAUAACUUGGGCAUCGUGAUAUACGAUCUACGAGCUGGCAAUUACAUGAACGGUGUGCUAAUCGACCUUAGCCAGGCAAACACAGUACCACAUAGAGAUCUCCGAAUCGAUGGGAAAGUAAACAGUUUCACAUACGAGCUGUGCACCAAAGACUUUUGGUCAUUCGAUAGGCUCAUGGAUGACUGGAAUGAGGAACAUCCGAAUCAGCUGGUUUGGAAACGCUUUCUUGGUAUCAGCAGUUAUAGAUAUAACUUGCGACAAACCACGAGGCCUGAUGACUGGUGGACAAUGCGGGACAAGUUUCUCCAUGCUGCCAGGUACGAUUGGCAAAAGCCACGACGACUACGGCAAACAAACAGCCAUGACAAGGGUACACCAUCCGCAAAGACAACAAUAAGAAAGGCUUUAACAAGCUCCGGGAUCAAGAAAAAAUCGAAGGCAAGAGGUGCACGAAAAAGGAAAUAGAACGGACACCAUAUAAACUGUACAUUAGUGGGAGGAGUGUCAUAAUGUUUUCCUUGGGCAUAGGGACAGGCGUUAAUACCACUUUGGAUUUACUACGACACCCACUCUUUUGGGCACCUCAAAACUUCCAUCAGCCCUCCCUCUCGGCUCUCUUUGUCUGGUUCAUGCAUAUAGGUCCACUGCGAUGUAACAGGUAACGUCAUCAAGAUGCUUUCUACUCUCGAUCCAGGUACAUGCAACCCAAACGCCGUUCCUCGGUCAUGUACGAGAUUAAACUCUACAUAUCUCCCCCGUCGAAUAUGUUUCCAUUCUUCCUCGGCUUGUGUAAAGGGAAGAUCCUUGCGGCGCGUCAAGAUGGGCAGGUAAGCUGGCAAGAAGGCAUCUGCGGUGGACUUGACCAGAGCAAAGCCCUUUUCGGGGUCGACGGCGUUUGAAUCCAAAUCGUCAAAGAAGAUUCCACCGAUUCCUCGCGAUUCACCGCGAUGCUUGACCUGAAAGUAUUCGUCACACCAUUUCUUGAAACGUGGGUAGUAGGUCCUGUCGUGGAUAUCGCAGGCGUCCUUGAGCGUUUUGUGAAAGUGAACAGCGUCCUCUUCAAACAAAUAAUUGGGGGUUAAAUCACUGCCGCCGCCGAACCAGGAUGAGUAGAGUUUACCGUCCAUGGUGGUUGUUUCAAAGUAGCGAACGUUCAUGUGUACAGUUGGCGCCAUGGGAUUCUUCGGAUGCAGCACCAUACUGAGCCCAAGGACGUAAAAAUUCAGUUCGUCUACUUGGGAAAGACUUGCGUGAUUUUGUUUCAUAUCCUCGAUGGCUUUCUUGUUGAGCUUUCCGUGGACGAUGCUAAUGUUGACGCCGGCUUUCUCAAGGACGUUGCCAUCUUGCAAGACACAGGUUCGACCACCACCGCCACCAUUGGAACGAUCCCAUUCGUCGACGCGAAAUUUGGUGCCGUCUAUUUCUUCCAGGGCAGACACGAUUUCCUUUUGCUUGAGACGGAUGUACUCUUCCAUGCGAAGGCGCAUUGGCUGCGGUGAAAUCACAGUGACCUGUCCAUUCUCAGCGUCAGCUGGAGAAGCAGCGUCUAGUUUGAUGGCAUUAUCGGCAGUCUUUCUUACUAAUUAGCUUCCAAUCGUUAUCUUUCCCGGGUUUAGAUACUCACAGAAUGGUAUACCAACGCAGUGAUAGCUAAAACUCCAGCUCCAGCGGCCAGAAAUGUGCCUCGGCUGUUGCCUACGCUCUGAGAAGCAGUGCGCAAGCCCUGGUGGGCGGUCCCGAAUGACGUUCGCACUCUUGCUACCGGUCUAACAAACGUGGAGAAUAUUCGGAUACUCAUUCUGCUCAUGCUGUCUAAUCUGUAACGAAACAAAAUAGAUGAAGCUGAUGAAUUGGGCUGCGUGUAGUGAGGAAGACGAGGCUGUCUGUCAGCCACCCCCAAAACGCCAACACCAAACACUAAGUGUUAGUGCCAAGAACACCACGCCACUUGUUGUCUCACUAUAAACAUCACUGUUUUUAUCACCAUUCCUAUUUAUCAAAUAUCAAACUUCACCAAUGGCUUAUACCAUAGGCUCCUUUACAUCCUCCC